UUCUUUAGGGGCACUCUUUGCUGUAGUUUCCUCUUUCAAAACCAGCUCCUGUUUACAGUAGUUAUAGCAUCACAGUAAAAACUGCAACCCCGGAAUACAUGGCUUGCAAGGCAAGUCCAGAACAUCUAAGAAACCAGCAGGGCAUAACUUUCAUCAGCAACAUUAUCCUCUAGUAGAGUUCUGCUGCUGGUUCUCCUUGAAUGUGAUGCUGACAACAUCAGACAGAACUGCAAAACACUGAGAUAUACAAGGAAAGAGAUUGUCUGAUGUAUAGUACCAACGUGCAUGAGGCACAAGGCAGAAAGAAAGACAUAUCAGUGCAGUGGAUGGGAUCCUUGUCGUUGUGCCCUGGGAAAUUAGCAGAAGAAAGGGAGACUACAGAGCUUACUCUUCUGUAUCCAAGCUGGAAUUAACUCAGUGAUUGUUCUAAGGAGGGGACAAUGAAUAACACUAUUGAGUGCAUUGAAGAUUACAAUCUGGAUAAGAACUUGUUUCCAUUUGUUUACAUAAUUGUGAUUGUGUUCAGUAUUCCUCUCAAUUGCACAUUCCUCUGUGUAUCUUAUAUAGAAGUGAGGAAAAAAAAUGAGUUAGCAAUAUACCUCUUGAGUUUAUCCCUAGCUGAUCUCCUAUACUCUCUGACCUUGCCUCUGUGGAUUGAUUACACUUUCAAUCGAGAUAGCUGGCGAUUCUCUGCUUUGCUUUGCCAGAUUUCUGCCUUCCUUAUGUACAUGAAUUUUUACACCAGUGCUGCCUUCCUCACCUGCAUCUCCAUUGAUAGAUACCUGAUAUUAGUUCACCCUCUCAGGUACCAACACCUGCACACAAAAAGAUUUGCCUGGCUUAUUAGCAUCUUUAUUUGGGUUUUGGAAAGCAGCCUGAACUGUAUGAUCCUGGUGAAGGAUGAAACAUUCACUGAAAUUUGCAAUUCCACUAGCCAUGUCUUAUGUUAUGAUAAAUAUCCUUUGGAAAAAUGGCAAGCCAUAUUAAACAUCUUCCGGAUAUGCUCAGGAUACAUGAUCCCCUUGGCAAUCAUGCUGUUCUGCUACCAAAAAAUCUACCAAGCUGUGAGGCAUAAUCAAGCCACAGAAAACAUAGAAAAAAAGAAAAUCAAGAAGCUGCUAUUGAGCAUCACCAUUACUUUCUUCUUUUGCUUUACUCCCUACCAUGCUGUGUUGCUGAUUCGCAGCAUCAAUGAGCCAAACAAUGUCAACUUUGUCCAUAUGUUUAAGCCUUAUAGAAUUACACAGGCCUUAACAAGUUUCAACUGUAUUGCUGACCCAAUUCUGUACUGCUUUGUGAGUGAAACUGGGAGAACAGAUAUGCUGAACAUGCUCAAGCGCUGCUUUUGUGUGCGGCAAUCUGAGUUACAGCAGCCAACAGAUGUUACUAUGACUAGCAUUAAUAAAAAGAAUUCUACUGCAGUGACACCUAAGUCAUCUACAGACCUUUAAGUGAAAAUGAACUUUUGUCCAAAAUGCCCAAUACAGUGAACUGCCAAAGAACUAUAUAAUUGAUGAGACAGGCCAAAUUCUUUCCUCAUUUACACCCAAGAAACACCACUGAAGCUAUAUAGUAUUCAAAAUAAUGUGAAAUCAGUGGAGUGGCAUGGGUGUUACUGAGGGGGAAAUUCAGCCAUUAUAUUUUCUGGCUUUAUAUAUACCAUGCAAGGGCAAGUAUAUGUUCUAAUGACCUAAUGGAGGUGAAUGUGAGUCAGGACUCAUGGGUUCUAUUAUUGGAGGAUCUAAUAGGGAUACAUUAGGUGACCAGGGCAAGUCACUGAAGUAAGUGAAGUUGCAUCAGUAUACAACUGGAGUGGAGAGGCAGGCCUAAUGUCAUUGUUCUAACCAGUGAAAAACAAAUCUGGAAAUCAAACAGGAAUCACCUUGUGCUGUGCUGCCAAUAAUUUAACAAGUGGCACCCACAAAACUGCCCCCCUUAUCUUAUUCUAUACACCUUGAACCAGGCAUGCAUGUGCUCACAAAGAAGAGGGCAGAAAGGUUAUGAAUCUAUUUGCUUUCCAAUUUUAAUAUACAUAUGAAGGUUGUGGGGGAAAGGAUCCUCUCAUGGGAUUUUUUUUAAAAAUACCUGGUCUUUUGAUACAAACCAUAUUCCAAAGGCAAAAGGGGACUAAGAAUUCCAGGGAUAACUGUUACAAGUGUGACUGGAAUUAUACUGCAGUAGCCAGACAGAGAGUGACUAUGGGGGGCACUCAUCCUAAUCUACCUUCUAAUGUGGUGGUGCAAUUUUGACCAAUUUCUAGGAGCCCCAAUAUCUUCAGCAACGUUUUAAACCUAUGUACAUUUAUACAGGCUUGCCAAAAAAGUCUCUGCUUUUGUCUUUGUUAAUACAUACGCUUUCCCUUUUUGAGCUAGUUUCAUUGUAAUAGGAAGAUCCAGAUUCAGAUGGUUAAAAGUUAAUUAUUAUUAAAACACACAUAAGGCCUCCCACUACUCAGUUGGAAUUAUUCCUUGUUCACACUGGUGGAAAUGUGGUCCUGUGUCUCCAGCACACAAAGAGGCACAGCAAUGGGGAUACAGCAGGAGGAAAGCUUUAACUACUAACCCUCAUGCUGUUCUUCUCCUGGGGCUAAAAAGUAAUACAGGGCCAGAUUCUGCUCUUGGUUAUAAUGGUCUAAAGCCAGAGUAACUGGAUUUACACCCAUUCACUGAGAAUUGGUAUUGGUCCACACUCCAGUCUUCAGGGCUGUCAAUCUGGUUAAAAAAAAAUCAAACUAUAAAAAAACGUGAAUCUAGCAAUAAUCUAUGGAACGGAUACUAACUAUGGGUUUGGUUCUGUGUGGUAUUGAGAGUCUCCUGUGACUUCUACUUGAAGGUGCUGAUUUUUAGAGCUUCUCAGAAAACAGGAGGUGUUCCAUUGAAAAUUUCACCCCAAAACUUCACUUUACAGCUGAAAAUGUUCAUUUAUCCGGUUUUCCAACAACAUCAACGACAACAACGAAAAAAUUUGCAUGGAAAGCAUUUUGCUGCAAAAUUUUUCAUGUAGCCAAAAUCCUAAUUUUCUAUUAAAAAAAAAAGUCUUGCUCUAUAUAUUUGUAUAUCAAAAGGACUUGGGCCCCUGAAAGCGGCAUCAGGGAGUGGGUCUUCAUGUGAGUGCAGUAUCUGUUCCACAGAUUCUUUUUGCAUUUCAGUGUGAUUGUUCCACAAUUACUUUCUUUUAACCUUUUAAGUUAUGGGUUGAAUUUUACUGUUGACAGGGAAAGGACAGCACAGCACAGCACAGCACAGGACAGGAAGCAGCACUGCCAGUUGUUUCAUCAAAGUGUUCCAAUGCUGGCCUGAGAACAUGAUGCAUUUCAUAAGUGAACGAGAAAUUUCAUCACCCUGGAAAAAUUGAAAAAAAGAAGCACCUCCACUGUAUUUUCAUUGAUGUGCAUUAUUUUGAACACAUACCAGAGCCUGUUGAUGCCUGAAAAGAUCAGCUACAGGAAAGCACAACAGUAUUAAAAAGUAUUGUUCUUUGAUAACUGGCCAACGUUGUGAGCUGCCCUCAGAAAGAGAACAGCCUUGCUGCAAUACCUUAGCAUGUAAACAUCUUUCAGCGCAUACUGGAAA